CAUUAAUGAAAUGAAAUGCAAACCACCACGAAGAGAGAGAGAAUUAAAAGAUCUUAACCAUCUUCCCGGGAACACUCGCCGGAGAUACGUACGGAAUCAACAACCGUCUCCGGGAUAGAAUCCAUUACCGCCGAUUCCAUCAAUUCGUUAACUUCCCAGAGGCAUUGAUUCUCCCUUCAUCCUUCCUUUAUUUGUCGUUUCGAAACCAGCUCAUCUUUCCUCGAUCCCGACGUAUUUCGAAGAUCGGGUCCUAAUUUCCCGGGAAUGGGACCUUAGGCUCUGGAAGAAAUUCGUCAGUUCUGUCGGGUGAGUUCAGUGGAGGACGAAUUAGGCGUCUGAGAGAUAAUAGGAGAAGGGAUUUGAUUCAAAACUAUGAGCACUCAGAAGCAGGUGGUGACUCUUCGGGACCUGGUAGAGGAAGCUAAGAAACGGAUUGUAAUCGUGGUGAUAUGCGUCGUAGGACUGUCUUACCUCAUGUCGCUGACAAGCUCAUCGGUUUGGGUCAACCUACCUGCUGCUGCGUGCUUGAUCAUCCUCCUUCGUUAUUUCUCAUUCGAUAUUGAAAUGAAAAGAAAAGCUGCAGCUUACAACAGCAAACCCUCGUCUCUGAAUGCACCAGCGUUAAAUAAAACACCCGAACUCCCUAAAGCAGCUCCACGGUCUGACUGGAGAAGCAAAGUGAACUCCCAGGUCGUUGAGGAUGCAAUUGAUCACUUCACCCGCCACCUCAUUUCUGAAUGGGUACUGGAUCUAUGGUACUCCCGCUUAACACCGGAUAAGCAAGGUCCUGAAGAACUGGUGUUUAUCAUUAACGAUGUUCUUGGGGAACUUUCACGGCGGUUUAGAAAUGUAAAUCUUAUUGAUCUACUGACAAGGGAUCUAAUUGAUAUUAUAUGUCGUCGCGUGGAGCUUUUCCGAGAGUGUCAAGCAAAGAUUGAGAGACAACAAAAGAGAAGCCUCAGUUUCGAAGACCGCGACUCAGAACUAAGACGUGUGAUGGCCACUGAAGAUAAAUUGCACCCUGCAUUGUUUUCUCCUGAAUCCGAACAUAAGGUUCUGCAGCAUAUAAUGAACAGUCUCAUUUCACUAACAUUUAGGCCAGAGGAUCUGCACUGUGCUUUUUUCCACUAUACUGUGAGGGAGCUUCUUGCUUGCUGUGUGAUCCGACCAGUCCUAAACCUAGCUAAUCCUCGGUUCAUAAAUGAGAGGAUUGAAGCUGCUGUAAUGUCAAGGAUAAAGACUAGUAACAGAUCUAGUACUGCAGAAGAGGCUUCUCCGUCUGAAGAUCUCUCAAAUGUUUCUCCUGAUCAUUUUUCUAGAUAUUUGGACCCUUCUGUCAAAGGUGUUGAGCUUGUGCAAUUGAAAAAUGAACAGCAUAAAAAUUCUAAAAGGAAAAGCGCUACAGAUAAACAGCAUGUAACCGAAUUUUCGAAAGAUCCAUUGCUUUCAAUGGACACUCAAUCUUCCCGAUCGUGGAACUCCUUCCCGUCAACGUCCAAAACAGGUGAUGUUAGUAGAGAUCCUCAAGGACAUCGAGGAGGAGAGGGAUGGGGUGACGUAUUAGACAUGAUGUCACAAAGGAAAACUGAGACCCUUGCCCCUGAGCAUCUCGAAAGCGUGUGGGCAAAAGGAAGAAACUAUAAAAUGAAGGAAGGUGAAAAAGUUGUUGAGCGCGUGCCCCCGAGAUGGUCUAGCAAGGAAUUGAGCAACGAUGAAGACUUCGGUGAAAACACUGCGAUUGCAAGAAUGCCCAGUCAGCGUAAAGUCAUAAAUACAGAAAAUCACUUAUCAAGUUAUUCCUCUGCUGAAGAGGACGAGGAGCAAACAAAGAGUAAUCAUUCUUAUACAUCCGAAGAUGAGGAAACGGUAACAGGUCUAAACAGUCCUGGGACUCGAGUCUGGGAUGGUCGAACGAAGAAAAAUCUUGGUGUUUCACGGAUACACCAUCCACUUGAAAAUUCUGGCGCUAGUUUCAAAAAGAAUAAUAAAGGGCAUGGGCGUUAUCAGCUAGCCAGACAUCAAUCUGGCAGGAAGAGAUCUAGAGUAUCUGGACACAUUAUAGACGAUGAUGACAGCGAUAAUUCUGAAGAUGGUUCUUUGGCUAGAUCAUACAGUGGAAUGUCUGCAACGUCAUCUGCAUCCUACGUUUCAGCGGCAGAAAGUGAUGUUACCUAUGCCCCUAAAAGUUCUUUGUUGGUUGAUUCCUUUGCCAAGUUGCGAUGUGAGGUUCUGGGUGCCAAUAUUGUGAAGGGUAGUUCUAAGAUGUUUGCUGUAUAUUCAAUUGCAGUCACAGAUGAAAGUAAUCAUAGCUGGUCGAUCAAAAGAAGAUUUCGACAUUUUGAGGAGCUUCACCGGCGGCUUAAAGUAUUUCCUGAGUACAAUCUUCAUUUACCGCCAAAGCAUUUUCUAUCAACAGGCGUGGACAUACCUGUUAUUCAAGAGCGAUGUAUACUACUUGAUGAGUAUAUCAAGAAGCUUUUGCAGCUACAACGAAUUUCAGGAUCAAUUGAAGUUUGGGACUUCCUCAGUGUGGAUUCCCAGACUUAUGCAUUCUCGAGCUCUUUUUCAAUCAUUGAGACGCUAACAGUUAAACAUGUCAGUAAGACAUCUACUGGUGCCACAAAUAUGGGAACUAUGACUGAGGCAACACCUGGUUCUCGUCCUUGGAGAGAAAACCUGAGUUCGGAGAAUGGGAAACUGGGUCAACAUUUGAGGAAUAAUGUAAUCGUGGAUGAUGUGAAGUCAAAAGUGAAAACUCUUGGAAAUGAUCAUAUGAAGACGCCUUAUUUAGAUGUGAGAGAUAGCAAAGAGAAUGGUGGGAUAAAAGUGGGUACUCAACAUGCUGAUGAUGUGGCCUGCGCCGGCCUGCCCACCGAGUGGGUUCCUCCAAAGCUAACAUUACCCCUACUAGACUUGGUAGAUGUUGUCUUUCAACUACAGGAGGGUGGGUGGAUCAGGCGAAAAGCUUUUUGGGUUGCCAAACAGAUACUUCAACUUGGGAUGGGCGAUGCAUUGGACGACUGGGUACUUGAGAAAAUCCGUCUUCUCCGGCGGGGAACUGUAGUUGCCUCCGGAAUUCAACGGGUUGAGCAGAUACUAUGGCCGGAUGGGAUAUUCAUGACAAAGCAUCCAAAAAGGAAGCAACAAUCCGCCAGUUCCGAGGAGCAGCAACAAGAAGCCGAAAGGCAAGCAAAGUUUGUUCAUGAGCUGAUGAUUGAAAAAGCCCCAGCGGCUAUAGUGAGUCUUAUUGGACAAAAGGAGUAUGACCAAUGUGCAGAAGAUCUCUACUUCUUUCUCCAGUCAUCAGUGUGUUUGAAGCAGUUGGCGUUUGACCUUUUGGAGUUGUUGUUACUCUCAGCGUUUCCGGAAAUGGAGCAAGCUUUUAAACAGCUGCACUACGAAAAACACCUCUUUGGUCAAUAUACACCACCAAACUGAUACUUUGGAUUGUCCUUGUAUUCCAUAUUACAUGGAGUUUUGCUAGAAUUAUUGGAACAGUAAUAGCACGGAUGCAUUUCAGUGA